UUAUAAAAAAUUAUUGUAACAUCAAUAUUUUGUGUAAAAAAAUUUCUUAAUAAAAGUAUAAUAAUUAGGAUUUCGUAAAAAUGGAAUAUUUUACAGCUUCAAAAAUAUUUACUUGCUUGGUAACUAGAAAUGGAAGCGGUCAAAGGUCAUUAACCGCAGUUGAUAAAUAAGGAUUAAAACAUUUGACCUGUCGAUAGAAUCGUUAGUGUUAAUUAUUAAUUCGUAGUGAAACUUUUGUUCUAAUUAUGGAUAUAAAAAAUGUUUUGGUAGCCGAUGCAGUAGAUAAGGCGUGUGUAGAACUUUUAAAAAAAAAUUCAAUUAACGUUACCUGUAAAUACAAAUUAUCGAAAGCAGAAUUGAUUGCUGAAAUUCCAAAAUACGAGGGGCUUAUAGUACGUUCUGAUACAAAAGUAACAGCUGACGUUAUACAAGCCGCUAAUAAUUUAAAAGUCAUCGGACGUGCUGGUGCUGGGGUAGAUAAUAUUGAUAUCAACGCUGCAACUGCUAAAAAUAUUUUAGUUUUGAAUACUCCUGGUGGUAAUGCACUUAGCGCAUGCGAAUUAACUUGUUCACUAAUAACAUCGUUAGCGAGAAAUGUAGUACCGGCAGCUGCUUCUUUGAAAGUCGGUAGAUGGGAUCGGAAAUUGUAUACGGGUCACGAACUUUACGGAAAAACUUUAGGAAUUUUGGGAUUGGGAAGAAUCGGCAAAGAAGUUGCUGUUAGAAUGCAAGCUUGGGGAAUGCGAACGAUUGGUUAUGAUCCAAUAGUACCUGCAACCGAAGCUAAAAAAUUCAACGUGGAAGCUUUGGAACUAGAGGAAAUUUGGCCCCAAGUUGAUUACAUAACCGUACAUACGCCUUUGAUACCAGAAACUAAAAAUCUAAUAUCUGAAAAAGUUUUGAACAAAUGCAAAAAAGGCGUUAAAAUAAUAAACGUAGCUAGAGGUGGUAUCAUAAACGAAAAGGACCUUCUAGAAGCAUUAAAAUCCGGUCAAUGCGGUGGUGCUGCUUUAGAUGUAUUCGAACAAGAGCCACCAAAAGAUACAGUGACAUUAGAACUGAUUCAACACCAAAAUGUUGUAGCUACACCUCAUUUAGGGGCAAGCACCGCCGAAGCGCAGAUCAGAGUCGCUGUCGAAGUCUCCGAACAAAUUAUAGCACUAACUGGGAAAAGCGAAAAGUAUACUUCGACACCUGGGAUCGUAAAUAGAAGCGUUUUGUUAAAUAUCACAAAAUAAAUGAUUAUUUAUAUUGUUUUUGAAUAAAUAUAUUACUUAUUCUAA